AUGAUUCCAAUAGAUAAUCACUGUGUGCCAAGUACUAGCACCGCCGGUCUUGUGUAUCCGGCGGCGAAUUACGGUAUAAAUGCGAUAAAUGCUGUUUCUGGGUUUCACAAGACUGUAGAUUCUUCAACUUCGGUGGCUGGAAUCAAACCUGAAGCUGCUUUGGUUAUGGAUUGGUCCGUUGAAGAGCAGUAUGUAUUGGAGAACGCCCUUGCAAAAUUGAAAGAUGAACCGAGAAUUUCAAAGUAUGUAAAGAUAGCUGCGGCUCUACCAGAUAAAACUGUAAGGGAUGUCGCAUUGAGGUGUAGAUGGAUGACGCGAAAACGAAGAAAAAGAGAAGAAAAUAGUGCCGGGAAGAACAUUAGCAAUAGAAAGGUGGUGGAUACAUCCCCAGAACUGAACAUGCUAUCCAAUGUGCCACAACAAAAUGCUUUAUAUCUCAUGAACAAUAUGUGCCACAGUACACGCAUGCCUUUUGAAGGUUUAAGUGACGCAGUAAUGGAUCUUCUACACCAAAACGCUCAAGCUUUUAGUCAAAUUUCUUACAAUCUUUCUGCAUUCAAGCUGCAGGAGAACAUCAAUCUCUUUUAUCAGACAAGAAAUAACAUCAGUGCCAUCCUGACUGACAUGAAGGAGAUGCCGGGUAUCAUGAGUCGGAUGCCAGCUCUGCCCGUUUCAAUUAAUGAUGAUCUUGCAAGCAGUUUAUUGUCGAGUACAACACAGUAUCGUAUACAAUUCCACCACGCAUCCAGCUUAAGCAAGAGCCAAGAAGUUGAUGACACGGCUCCCGAACACGAGAUUCGACAAUCGGUAUUGGUAAAUACUUGUGCUCUCGGGAAAUUUAACAGAGGAGAAUGA